CCGAGUAUAAACUAGUCACAGAGGCCGGUCACGUCAGUUCAACUCCCACCUUGGUUCGUGUCGCUCCCUGUGUGCCUCCUGCUGUGUCGGACUCUAUACUCUUGUGUUGUUUGUACACGAACUCUAAUCCACAACUUUCAUCAUGAACUGUCUGAUUUCACUUGCCGUGGUUAUCCUGUCAAUCACCUUCGCCAUUGUCGGUGGACGAAGCGCCUCGCUACCUGAGACAAAGGGUCUCAGCUCCCAGAACGUCAUCGUAUUGGAAUCCUCUGGUACGGGAGAUGGUCCAGGAGCUGGAAAAGCUCUCUUGGGGGGUGACAAAGUCCUUAUCGAGGGAAAGAACUUCACCAACUUGAAGGAGAUGAUCAACAUUCUGGACGAGGAGAAGAAGGGGAAGGACAUCGCCACCGAUUCUACCCCGGAACCCUUCACACUCGUCGUUCCGAUCGCCAGGAACUUCUCUAGUCUCAAGGAGCUCUUUGAGAUACUACGUGAGGACGGCAGCCAACCCCCCAAGACUGCCAGUCCCACCAACCUUACAUUCGUAGAAGGCACGGAAGACAAGGACUCCGAAUACAUGAUAUUCUUUACCUCCUGAGCUGUAAUGUUCUGCAACCAUGAUAAUCUGAAUAUUUCAGAUCGGAACAAAAUAUCUCCAGGGAAAACCAUUAUGUGUUCCGUUUGUUGUGGUGACUUUUAAAUCUGUACAGGAAUUGACGUCAAUUUUAGAACGCAGCCUAAAGGGAACGUGUUAAAGGACUGAGUAAUAUGUAGACCCGCUGUGGUUGACGUUAAAUUCGUCAAUAUUUCUGUGAUUAAUUAAUUUAUAAGUUUUAUUAUAAAUUAAUGUUCUUGCCCCGCUUUAUUUAUUUUCUUUGUAUAAUAGUGUAUAUAAUUGUGUGCCAUACGAGAAAAUAUUAUUUAAUACAACGAUGUAAAUAAUAGGUGUAAAUAAUAAAAAUAUUUACAAUUUUACUCUA